AUGAAUAUGCCAAUUCCCAAUUGUAUUACUGAGUACGUCAAUCAGAAUAAUAUAAACAAAGAGUUUUCACCAAGCAAUGUCAUUCUUCAGAUAAAGAAAAUUACAGUAAAACCAGAGAGAGUUGAAUUAUUAUUAUCAGAUACAGCCAAUAUAUUCCCAUUCUAUGUUCAAACACAAAAUGUUGAUCCAAAUCUAAGAGAGUUUACAAUUAUAAAGGUCAAUCAAUUCAAGAUUGUCAAGAGUCUCUACUUCCAAAUCUUGAGCUACACUGUAAUCGGUCAUACUGGUUCACUCUUUGGAAAUGCAGUGUCAUUGCAUCCAGCCUAUCAAAAGCAACAACAACAGCAAUCAGCUCUACAAACCAACAACAACAACAACAACAACAAGAAUAUGAAUAACAAUAACAACAACAAUAACAACUAUAUGGCAAAUAAACAAUCGAAUCAAUCAAGAGGAUCAAAUGCUGGAACUUCUUCUCCACCUACCGGUUCAAUGGACACAAUGAUUACACAGAUCAAAAACAUCAGCAAUGGAAUAUCAAACCCAACAAUUCGUGCAACCGUUCGUGCCAAGAGUACUAUCAAGCAAUGGCAUAACAGCAAUUCCGGUGGUUCUAUUUUGAAUUUAGAGUUGAUCGAUGACAGUGAUGAGAAAAAUGAAAUUAAAGUAACAAUCUUUGGUAGAAACAAUGAAAACAAUCUCUGUGUUCAAAUCGAUGAAGCUAUUCAUGUUGGUUCCACCUAUGAUUUCUCGAAUUUCAAGAUCAAUCCAAAGAAUCCAAACUUUAACAAAUUGUCACAUCCAUGCGAGUUGACCUUUACAGAGAACACCAAGUACUACGUGAGCAGCGCUCCUAUCAAUGCUCACACACUCUACAACUUUGUAAAGAUCGCCGACUUGACUCCACCAGCAGCAAACGAAACCAACUCACCACCAAUCGACCUCUUUGGUUAUGUAUCCAAUGUCAGUGGCACUACCUCCAUCAACAGGAAAGCCACAAGCAACACCGACAAUGCCAACUCCACUUUGCUAAAGUGCACCUUCAGAAUUCUCGAUACCUCUGCCAAAUCAAUUGAUGUCACUGCCUUUGGUCAACAAGCCGAGACUAUCUCCAAACAACUAAAUAAGGGUAAUAUCAUCGCUAUCAAGUCGGCCAAGAUCUCUUCUUUCUCCAAGUGCUCCGCCAGUAUUACAUACUCGUCGACCUACGAAGUCAAUCCACCACAACUCCAACAGGAGUGUCAGAAUCUCCUCAUGUGGGUCAACUCGCACGGUGACGACGCCGAGUGCCUCUCGGAGUCAUACGUUGCAGGCGGCAAUUCCGACGACAAAGAUUCAAUCAGAUGUACUGUUGAAGUACUACCACAACUCAACUUGGGCAACGAUCCUAUUUUGACCAAGAACUACGUUGUUGUUGGUACGCUAUCAACACUUUCCAACGUCUCGCUAACUAGCAAUGAUCAAAAGAGUCAAUACACUGGAUGUUCUGCUUGCAAGAAGAAGAACUGCAAUUGUGGACAACCUCAAAUCAAAUACUAUAGAGCUACAUUCAGACUGCAAGAUGAAACCGGUUCGGUUCUGGUCGAUGCUUUUAGUGGUACCGUAGAGAAAAUGUUGGGAGCCAACGCCGAAAGAUUCUUUGACCAGCUCACCGACGAAGACAGAUUACAAAGAGUGAAUGAGAUCUGCUCCGUCCCUUACUUGGUGAGAUUGAGAGUGACUUUUCCACCACCAAGCUCUGAUAACACAUACCCACCCAAAUGGUCUGUGAAGAGUUUAGAGGAAUACAAAGGUGAGCCAUUCAAUCAAUGUUUGACGAACCUAUACAGUUGCGGUACUCUUGGUUAUAACUGUAAUAUCUUGCAACAACAACAGCAACAACAACAAGAUCCAGAACAAGCAAUGGAAUAA